GGUUGUGAUUUUCAAUCCUCAGAAGAACAAGCAAAGGCACAUCUUUAAUACAGCCAGGAAAACAGUGAGCGCUUUGUCUUUCUCUCCUGACGGGAAAUACAUGGCCACUGGAGAGAACGGGUAUCAGCCAGCCGUACGAGUCUGGGAUAUAGAGGAGAAGUCCCAAGUGUCUGAACUUCAUGGCCACGAGCAUGGCGUGGCCUGCGUGGCCUUCUCUCCCAGUAUGAAAUACCUUGUGUCGGUCGGGUAUCCUCAUGACAUGAAAGUGAACGUGUGGGAUUGGAAGAGCGAUACCCUCGUUGCAUCCAACAAAGCCUCCUGCAAAAUUAUGGCCAUUUCCUUCUCAGAGGACAGUUAUUUUGUGACAGUCGGGCACCGCCACGUCAAGUUCUGGUUUUUGGAUGGCCCCAGAGAAGUUAAGAUCAAAGAGACGGUUCCACUGGUGGGUCGCUCCGGACUCCUCGGGGAGCUCCACAACAACACCUUCUGCGACGUGGCGUGUGGGCAGGGCAAAAUGGCCGGCAUCACCUUCUGCAUUUCACACUCAGGGCUGCUUUGCCUUUUCAACGAGAAGCGUGUCCUGGAGAAAUGGAUCGAUCUGAAGGUGACGCUGGCCAAUUGCAUUUGUGUCAGCGAAGAAUUUAUUUUCUGCGGCUGCGCUAAUGGAACCGUGCGCCUCUUCCAAGCACACAACUUGCAUUACCUCUCAGAUUUGCCCAAGCCGCACCACCUGGGCACCGAUGUAGCUACAGAGCCCAUCCUGAGAAGGCCGGAUGCCUCCUUUCCAGAUGCUAUUGCUGUCGUCUUUGACCCUCGCCGUCACUGGCUCUCCUGUGCGUACAAGGAUCACAGCGUCUAUAUUUGGGACGUGAAGGACUUCGGCCACGUCAGGAAAGUGUGGUCUGAUCUCUUCCACAGCUCUUUUGUCUGGAACGUGGAGGUAUACCCUGAGUUUGAAGCCCACCAAGGCUGCUUGCCCCCAGGAUCCUUUCUAACGUGUUCCUCAGACAGCACUAUACGGUUUUGGAACUUGGAAAACAACACGCAUGGACCUUUCAAGAAGAACGUCUACAGUGACAACUUGCUGAAGAUUGUGUACGUGGAAAAGAGCACCCAGUAUUUGCAAGACUCAUCAAAUUUGCUGGAGCGAAACGACAACGUUGGCUACCUUGACAUAAAAUCCGGCGUCCGAGUGAUGCAGAUCAGCCCUGAUGGUCAGCACUUGGCCUCUGGGGACAGAACCGGAAAUCUGAGGAUACAUGAGCUAAAAUUCAUGGCAGAAGUGAUGAAAUUUGAUGCCCAUGAUUCGGAAGUCCUCUGCUUAGAAUAUUCCAAGCCAGAAACAGGCCUUGCGCUCUUGGCCUCAGCGAGUCGAGAUCGGCUAAUUCACGUACUGAAUGUGGGAAGUGAUUACAAACUAGAGCAGACCUUGGACGACCAUUCCUCGGCUAUCACAGCGGUCAAAUUCAGUGGAAAUAAGUGCAUUCAGAUGAUUAGCUGUGGAGCUGACAAAAGCAUCUAUUUUCGCAGCACGCAAAAGGUCGGAGGUGGAAUUAAUUUUAUCCGGUCUCACCACGUUGCUGAGAAGACUGCUCUAUAUGACAUGGAUGUGGAUAUAACUCAGAAGUAUGUCGCUGUGGCCUGCCAGGACAGAAAUGUCAGGAUCUACAACACGGUCAGCGGGAAGCAGAAGGGCUGCUACAAAGGGGCCCACAGUGACGAUGGAUCCCUGCUCAAGGUCCAGUUUGAUCCUUCUGGAACAUUCCUGGCCACUAGUUGCUCAGAUAAAAGCAUUUCCAUCAUCGACUUCCGCUCUGGAGAAUGUGUGGCCAAAAUGUUUGGACACUCAGAAGUCAUCACGGGGAUGAAAUUUACCUUCGACUGCAAACAUCUGAUCACCGUCUCGGGAGACAGUUGCAUCUUUGUGUGGCGCCUGAGCCCUGCAAUUACUGCUUGCAUGAAGCAGCACUUGAGGGACCUAGAACAGAUUCAGGAGCAGCAGGAGGUCGGGGACUCUGCGUGGCCUCCCCGGGUCAGGGUGGAAAUGUUUGAAAGGGUCUCCCGCCGGGACAUGGUUGAUUCAGACCUGGAGGAGGAGGAGGAGGAGGAAGAGGAAGAGGAAGAGGAAGGAGAAGAGGGAGAAUUAGCUCUGCAGACGCCAGUUAAAGAUGACCCUGACCCAGCUCCUGUUUGUAUCCUGACCAAUGGCAAAAUGCCCAUGUGGGCAAAGAGACUGCUGGGUGAAGCCGACCAUUCGGAGAGCAGCGCCUUUCCCGCCAGGGUGAGCUACCAGCCCCAGGGCCGCUGGGCUGAGCGAGCUGACAUGCAACCCAUCAAAACCUUCCUGGAGGCCGACUUGAGCUACACCGAGGCGGACACGGACCGGCUGGUUUUGGAGACUGAGAAUUCUCCCGGUAACAUCACCGAAGACUUCAAGCAGCCAAUUCUGUCUUCUGACGAGGACACCGCUCAGGAGCUGGAGGGCAGCGGGACCACCCGCCACGUCUCCCAAGCAGACAGCAGCUCUUCCUUCGGGGACAGAUCAAUCCAUCAGCCUCUGUUUGAGGAGGAAGCUUCGAGUCCCAAAGACAAAGUGCCUGAGAUAAUCUGCUCUGGGGCUCCCUUGGAUGCUGAUCUACCUGUUUCUGGGCACCAGCACGAAGAGGCCGAGCCCAAGGUGGCCAAGCUGAGAGAGAACUUCUGCCCGAACGGGUCACUGCCCCAGACGCCGGAGCAGGAAAGAUACCUCAAGACUCACUUUGAAACUCUGGCUGGUGACUCCCUUGAAGAAAAAAUUGAUGGCUGUAUAAGAGAUCGGCAGCCUUUUGAAGACAGUGAGGACGCGGGAAGCCCACUUCUGAAUCCUCGCCUGAGCUUCUCCGCCAGGUUUCUCUCGCAAGCUCAGAAGAAUUGCAGAGUCUGUCCGCUGGCGCAGGUGGCCACUGCCGAACACCUCCCAGAGGAGUGCUCACCACUCAGCGAUUUCGCGAAAUUCAAGAAACCUCCCCCAGAAAUACAGCCCGAGCUGAAAGGAUGCCUUGAUGCCAAAACAUCCUGUGUUUCAGAAAUUCAGGAUCUCCUCAGAAAUUUUGAGGGGAGCUUGCAGACCCUACACCUCAAAUUUCAAGAGACUUUGCAACUGUAUGAUAAGGUGUUUUCUUGCACCGGUGGGACCGAGGAGGAGCUCACCCACGUCCAGCACAGGCUUUCUAGCACCUUCUGCUGGAUGAAGAGCGAGCUGGCGACCAGAGAGAGCAAGGAUAAGGCCGCCACCAACCCCUCGUCCUUCUGGCCGAUCUGCCUUCAGGAGGGCGAGGCCCACGUGCUCCUGAAGCAUUACUCUGACUCUCUCCUGAAUAUGGUUCAGAAGAAGCUGGAGGAGGCCUGGAAAACCAGCCUGCCUUGAAGGGCCCCAUUCCUGCCCUUCCGCACAUUUGUCGCGCACGGAUGUCCGUUUCGGUGUGACUCCUGAGGAGCUGAGACCGUCCGACAAGAGCACUUUACCAAAAAAAAAGUUUUAAAUAAAAUAAAGUAUUUUUGGAUUGGA